GCGUAGAAGAUGUCGCUCGCGUUCCACUCGCACAUCGAGAUCGUGGGCGGCGGGAAAUCCUCGCAACCGGAAACAAAUGAAGACAGGAAACGGAAAUACGAGUGGGAUAUCGUCUGGAGGAACAUCAUCGCCUUCAUCGUUCUUCACGUCUUAAGUUUCCAUGGAGUUUACGUGGCGCUCAGGGAUUGGAAAAUCGGAAUCCUCCUCUUCGCUUACGCUUACGGUCUUCUCGUGGCGCAAGGUAUAACGGCCGGAGCUCAUCGACUUUGGUCGCACAGAUCUUAUAAGGCGAAACUUCCGCUGAGGAUUCUUCUGCUGUUCUUCCAAACCACGGCUUUCCAGAACAGCGUCUUCGUCUGGGUCAGAGAUCACAGGAUGCAUCACAAGUUCACGGACACAGACGCCGAUCCUCAUAACGCGAAACGCGGUUUUUUCUUCUCCCAUAUGGGUUGGCUCUUUGUUAAGAAGCAGAAGGAAGUGAAGGAAAAAGGAAAAGUCAUCGAUAUGACCGAUAUCACUAAUGAUCCCAUUCUGAUGUUUCAACACAGGUAUUACGCACCUUUAAUGCUGAUUUGCUGCUUCCUCAUACCAACCCUGAUACCUGUCUACUUGUGGCACGAAGAUCUUUAUCCUUCAUUCGCGAUGGCUGCUGCCUUUCGUUACAUCUUCAGCGUCCAUUCCACGUGGCUCGUAAACAGUGCUGCUCACAUUUACGGCAUGAAACCUUACGACAGGAACAUUGGUCCAACCGAGAACAAACUCGUCUCUCACUUGGCGUGCGGCGAGGGUUGGCACAACUACCAUCACGUGUUCCCGUGGGAUUACAAGACUUCGGAGUUGGGGAAUUACCGGUUGAAUUUGACGUUGGCCUUCAUUGAUCUUUGCGCAAAAUUCGGUUGGGCUUACGAUUUGAAGACCGUUCCUCAUGAGGUCGUGACUAGAAGGGCUUUAAGAACAGGCGACGGGAGCAGAAAAAUUAGGAUCAAAGAGAUCUGGGGAUGGGGCGAUGAAGAUAUGACAAUCGAAGAUACGGAAGCCGCCUUGAUCAUCAACAAGUCCCAAUGAAAUGAUCAAAAUUUAUAUUAAUUCUAUAAGUAACAGUUCACAACGUAAUUAGUCUUAGAAAUAUAUGUAGUAUAUAAAAUAGA